CAACACUUCUGUUUUUAUUUCGGCAAAGUUUUUCUUCAGCGAGUGCGGCUGUGAUGUUGAUGAGGUAGUAAAGAUUAUCUACUUCCACUUGUACUAAAAAAGUAAAAUCAUGUCUGGAGGAUUGCCUAUUCUUGCUAUGCAGGAGAGCGAUGUCACUCGCUUCCUUACUGCAUCCACUCACCUCGGCUCCACCAAUGUGAACUUCCAGAUGCAGCAGUAUGUCUUCAAAAGGCGUGCUGACGGUGUUCACAUCAUCAACUUGAAGAAGACUUAUGAGAAGCUUCUUCUCGCUGCACGCGCCAUUGCUGCCAUUGAGAACCCUGCUGAUGUUUACGUCAUCUCUUCCCGUCCUAUGGGCCAGCGAGCGGUGCUCAAGUAUGCCCGCUAUACUGGCGCCACUCCCAUUGCUGGCAGAUUCACUCCUGGCGCUUUCACUAACCAAAUCCAGGCGGCUUUCCGUGAGCCACGCCUGCUGGUGGUGACAGACCCCAUCCAAGAUCAUCAGCCUGUCAACGAGGCCUCGUACGUCAACAUCCCCGUCAUCGCCUUCUGCAACACUGACUCGCCACUGCGAUUUGUCGACAUCGCUAUCCCCUGCAACAACAGGUCGGUGCAGAGCGUCGGUCUCAUGUGGUGGAUGAUGGCUCGUGAGGUUCUGCGUCUGCGCGGUACCAUCUCCCGCACCAUCGCCUGGGAGCUCGAGAUCAUGCCUGAUCUCUUCUUCUACCGUGACGCUGAUGAUCAGGCUAAGGAAGAGGAAACUAAGGUUGAUGAAACAAUGAAGCUCGAUACUCAGCCUGAGGCUGUUGUGGAAGAGAUCCCAGAAGAUCUUGCACCUGUCGGUGGCGCUGUCAAUGUGGUUGCCGACGUCACUGCGCCACUCACUGCUGCGCCCAAGGCUGACUGGACCGGGCAGGAUGACACUGUUGGUGGAAACAGCGAGACCUGGGGAGGCGACAACACCUGGACCUAAGUCAAUAAAAUGACAGUCUGAGGUUAAA